AUGCCAAGCUGCCAUGCCACCCGAAGGAAGCACGAAGGCUGGGAUACUGCCAUACUGUCCAAGCCUAAACUAGGGAAGUCGAGAUGCAGAGGUCAGGUUCGAACCACGGACAUUCGGGCGCUGCUACGGCCUAUCCCGGCAAAAGUUCGGGUCGCUCGCCAGUCCAGCAUCAAGGCGAGCUCUGAUUGGUCGAAAGCUUGGAUUCAAGAGCCAAACAUGACCCAAUAUUCGCCGAAUGCCGGUUACCAAUGGCGCGUCCAGUGUUGUCGCAACAUACACUUUAUAUACAACACGUUGUUUCAGUGUUCUUGA